AUGGCAUCUCUCGACGUGUCUAUACGAACUGCCGCUCUACUCGCUCUGUCCCAAGAUGUAUGUGCGUUGAUCGCACUCACCGUCGAAGCGACUUUGUCAGUCCUCAAUUUCAUCUAUCGAUCGAUCCUGGGUGUGAUGGGCUACGAGCGAACGGUCAGGUUCGAUCAUAGUAGAAGUGUAAGGAGGGAAAGCGGGAGAGGAUGUGGGGUGGUGGUAUUGGGUGCUAAUGAAGCCGCAGGUCAAAGCCUCACCCUCCACCUGGCCAAAAUAGGCUACACCGUCUUCCCUCUCAUCCCCUUACCCACCCCAUCUUCACCACCUACUUCCUCAGCUCUCACACACCUCCUACUCACCUGGUCAGGCGUUCAGAAGAGACUCCGAGCGAGAUUUCCCGGUCAUCCCGGUGCAGUCGUUCCCGUCAUGGUCGAUCCAGAGGGUAUUUCAGACCAUCUACAUUCUUCUGCAAGAGGUGAUCUGAAGAGAUCAACCAAUUCCAAUGUAAAAGAGGAAAUGGGAGAAGGAAGGUUCAGUCAUGCUGGAGAGACUGUCCGGGCUUAUUGUAAGGAUAAUGAGUUAUCACUGGUAUCGAUCAUUUGCAUCAAUAGGAAAUCGAAAGUGAUGUCAGAAGAGUAUCAAGGAAAUAAUGGAUCCAAUCUUAGAAGAGCGGGUAGUAAUGAGGGUACGAGGGAGGAUCAUACUGAUGGAUCACCAGUGAUGAUGCAAAGAAGUUUAUCUGCACCAUCUACUUCCAGCUCAAACUCGACACCUAUCAACGUACGUUCGCCUCCUCCUAAAGAAGGUGAAAGAUCUAUUACCACCUCAGCCCAUACACAUACCAUAACUACCGGUACUGGUACGGUAAUCAAUAGCAAACCUUCUGGACCUAUAAGUCUACCGACUUUACCUUCUAUUUCAUUAAUGAUGACUGACGAAAACACGAUGAUCUCCUUAUAUCGAUCUAACAUCCUUGACCCAUUGGCAAUAAUCAAAGAGCUCAGCGACCUCCUGAGCGUACCGUGCACACAGGGUUAUUCCAACGGUCGGAUCGUAUUUAUAGAUGGGGAAAAAGCGAAUCAAGGAAGAAUCAUUGAACUCAACGAUUAUUCUUAUUCUGAAGAAGAAGAAGAGGGAGAAGGGGUUAGACCGGAAUUCUAUAAGAAUGAGAACAAGGUUGUAGAAUUCAUAUACGAGGUGAGGGAGAGGGUUGUUGGGAUUGUAAGAGAGGAGAUGAGAGGUAUAGGGGUGGAUGUAUGUGAGGUCAUUGUUGGCCCAAUGGCCCCUCGAAUAGGUACAACAGGGUAUCAUCUCCGCCACUCAAGUGAGGAUAGUAAUGAAGGUGCUUCUGCGAUUCUUGGUGAUACUUUCAGAAGACGGAACCCUGAUGUGGAUGUGAUUCUUAAAUUGCCUCGUACAGUCAGAAGAAAACGAGAAGCUGUCGUAUCAUCCAGGCUCCGUCUGCUCACACGUCUAUGGGCAGUCGACGAUGCCCUCCUUUUUUCCUCCGUCAGACGGGCAAUCGAAGAUCCCUAUGUCCGUUGUUAUCAUCGAGCAGGUAUCAGCCCAUGGCUCGAAGAAGUUCUGGAAUGGGUUCCCCUCAAUUUGGGUUAUAUCACUAUGGGGUGGUUGAGGGGAUUGUUGAAGUUUGGUUUGGAGGUGGAAUGGAUGGUUGAAGAGUGGUGGAUACAACUUACCAAGUGA